AUGAAGUUCGCAACCACUCUAUUGCCGCUUGCGGCCUUAUCAACAGCAUUUGUUAUUCCAGAUGAUGUAGUGACCGAGCGUAUUGUUGCUCAAAACGCAAAGUCACAGACAUUCUUGGACAGGAUUCAGGACACCGCCGAGAACGUCUGGUCAGAAGCUCAAGACAAAGUUCACGAUGCCGUAGCAUACUCCGAGAAUGCAUUCGACAACGCUCUCAAUGCUGGCAAGAAGGCCAAAGAGGCAUUCGAAUGCCAUAUGUCGAUGACCAAGUUCGAUGUCGAAUCAUGGCUGGAUACCAAGAUGGAGAAUGUUAUGGAUGUUGAUAUCUUUGAUCAUCCACACCACCGACCAGAUCAUCCUCAUCAUCCCCACCACCCACCUCACCACCACGAUCCGCAUAAGCACCACCCAAACCUCACCGUUUACCAGCUCAUCGCGAGCAGCAAAUACACCACGAAGUUUGCAAAGCUCAUUGACGAAUACCCAGAUAUUGUUAGUGCCUUGAACAGCACAGCUGUCAACUCAACUGUGUUUGCACCAACAGACAAGGCUUUUGAGAAGCUCCCACACCACCACAAGCCAUCGAAGGAGUUGCUCAAGAGAAUUAUUCAAUACCACGUUUCACCAGACUUCUACCCCGCUGGUCGUGUCUUGGUCACACAUACAAUUCCAACUGCCUUAGUUGAGGAGGCUCUCGGUGGUCAACAACGUCUUCGUAUUGGUUUGGGAUUGGCCAAGGGAUUGAAUGUCAACUUCUACAGCCGAAUUAUUGCCAUUAACAUCUUUGGUACUAAUGGUGUUAUUCACGGUGUUGACUCCCUACUUCUCCCACCACCACCAGCAUUGAAGAUUGUCGAGCUAUUCCCAGGAGAGUUCAGCACUCUUCAACUCGGUCUCGAGAAGACUGGUCUUUUCGACGCUAUCAAGGAGGCUCCUCACGUUGGUGGUACUCUCUUCGCACCAAGCAACUGGGCAUUCCAAAAGCUCGGUCCAAAGAUCAACGCUUUCCUCUUUAGCAAGUAUGGUCAAAAGUACUUGAAGGCACUCUUGGAAUACCAUGUUGUUGCCAACCAAACACUCUACUCCGACGCUUUCUACCAUGGAGAGGGCGCUUCGGCUGACGCCGUCGACGAGAUUGACAUGUCUGGCAUUCCAAAGGGAUAUUUCCACGUUGAUCUCCCAACACUUCUCCAUGAAAAGUCCUUGAGCAUCGAUGUCGCUAGAUACGGUGGACUCAUCAGUAUCAAGAUUAACGGAUUCAGCUCUGUCGCUGUUCAAGAUGGUCUUGCAAAGGAUGGUGUUGUACACGUUGUCAGUUCUGUAUUGAUCCCACCUAAGACUCCUGGUGACGCUGCUUGGGCGGGUGAGGAGAUGACGGUGGAGGAGUUUAAGGAUAGAUUUGAUUCGCUUGAGAGGGAGCUGUAA